AUGGACCAAAAGAGAUAUGCCAAGUUUCAACAACGCAAAUCAAGCCUUCCAAGAACCAUCUCAGUUAAACUUGAGAAAGCAACAGUGGUUGAUAAUGAUGAGAUUUGUGAUCCCGUUGGGCCAUCAAAAUUUGUUCUGAAGAAUCUUCAGCUUUACACGGUCCAUCCAAAUUUGGCGAAGUACUAUGAGCCUUUGAAGCCCACCGCCGUGCAGAAAUUCCUGGCUCGAAAUGGGAAAAUCAGAAGCUUCAUGUUGAAAGUAGCAGAGUAUGACCAGGAUAAGACCUUACUGAUUAUGACCAACAACCCACUUCCCUGCCCAAUUGACCAGGAAGGAAAGGACAUGGCCCCAAAAUACUUCUCCAAAGAGUUGCUGCUCAAGGAAGGUCAUCGGCCCAAGCCCGCUGAGAACUUCUGCCUACCCUUGAUGUCUCAGGAAAAAAAGUUACGAUCUGGACUGAAACCAACAUUUCCUAUGACCCUGUCGGAGGAUCCUACAUCCAAGCGAGAACAGUGGUUUAGGUUUUCCACCAACAAUGAUUUCAAGAGCGAAGGGAAGUAUUUAAAGGUCUAUGCUUUGAGGAAACAGAAACAAAUGUAUCCCCAGCUCAACUUUUCUUCAGUCUGUAAAAGAGAUAUGAGGAAAGAUGUUGCCAAGUCAGGGAAUGACCCGCCGACUUCCAAGAUGAUUUGGGAACCACUAACCCUUUCUUCGCUCCUGGAAGAGAAACCCAUCAGAACUGUGCCAGGGGGGAGCAUGUUCCGCAAUGGAAGGGCCCAGCAGUGGGUAAUCAAAAACGCCACUGUCGUCAAGUGA